GAAAUGUUGUUGUCUUGUUUCCCUCAGUCAGAAUGUUGAUUGGUGUUGCUUGUCGUUGUGAUGAAGGGAAGAAUAGUGGAAAUGAUGUUAUUGCCACCACCACACCACCACCACCACUACUACUACUACAGCUUCAUCACCACCACUGGACCGAAAGUCACCACCACCACCACCACUGCAGCCUUUACAAUGUGGCCGCUGAUGGUGGCUUUGAGAACUUACGCACCCUACAUCACCCUGCCCUUUGCUGCGGUGGUUGGCUUUGUAGGAUACAACGUGGAAAAAUACUUCCGCACACCACCUGCAAGCCGACCGUCAGUGGAGGACCAGCGGACAGACCGACUACUGAAGGAGUUAGUGGAAGGCGAGAAGGUGGAGCAAGCAACACUGAAGGAGAAAGCAUUUGUUCCCAAGACGAUAUUUGAAAAGAACGUCUCUCCGGGUUUGCUGGAAGACGAUGGGAAGGGAGCAAGGUGAUGGGGUGAAAGAAUAGUGUGAUGGGUGAAGGAAUAAGAUGAUGGGAAGGGAACAAGGUGAUGAUAGGAAAGUAACAAGGUAAUAUGAAGGUAACCAGAUGAUGGGAAGGAUGUAGAGUGAUGGGAAGGGUGUAGAAUGAUGGGUAAGGGAAGAGGGGAGAGACAGGUGGCUGUGGAUGUAUACAGGGUGAUGUAGAGUGAUGUUUGACUGUAAACAUGUAUAAUUCACACUUAUUAGAAAGAAAAAGAAGGUGAACAACUGAUAUUUAAAUGAUUAUAGACAAAUUAAGAGUGACGUUUGUGAUGUAGUGAUGUUUAACUAUAUAAACUUGUAAUUCACACUUAUUAGAAAGGACGGGAAGGCGAACAACUAAUAUUUAAAUGAUAAUAGAGAAAUUAAGAGUGAUGUUUGUUAUGUAGAGUGAUGUUUGAUUGUAAAAAUUAGAAGUUAUAUUUAAAUGAUUACAAAAGAAAUAGGAAAGGACAAGAAGGAGAAAAGUAAUAUUUAAAUGAUCAUAAAAGAAAUAAGAGUGACGUUUGUAAUGUAGAGUGAUGUUAGACUGUAAGAACUUGUCAUUCACACUUAAUGGGAAGAAAGACAGGAAGGAAAACAGGUGAAGAGUGAUCAGAUCUUGAGGAAAGCCGUGAGCUGUCCUUGUGGUAAAUAUGCUGAUCAACAGAAAUUUACUCGCAUCAAAUCAAUGACAUCACCAGUAAGCUACGAUAUGUCAUGAACCCUGGAGCCAUUUCAGAGUAGACACAUUAUGAUUUUAAGUGUAAAGGAAGGAAAAAUUAUUGAGAGCCUUGAUGGAAAGACAGAGAAAACAACUAUUAUUCAUAUCACCAAUAAGCUACAAUAUGUUAUGAACCCAGGAGCCAUUUCAGAGUAGACACAUUGUAAUUUUAAGUGUAAAGGAAGGAGAAAUGAUUGAAAGCCAUGAUAAAGACAGAAAACAAGCAUUAUUCACAAAAUCAAUUACAUCACUAAACUACAAUAUGUUAUGAACCCAGGAGCCACCUUAGAGUAGAAAGAUAAUAGUUAUUUUAAGUGUAAAGGAAGGAAAAAUGAUUGAGAGCCUUGAUGGAAAGACAGAAAACAAGUAUUAUUCACAAAAUCAGUUACAUCACUAAACUACAAUAUGUUAUGAACCCAGGAGCCACCUUAGAGUAGACACACUAUAAUUAUUUUGAGUGUAAAGGAAGGAAAAAUUAAAAGCCUUGAUAAGAAAGACAGAGAAAGAAAUAUAUCACAUUUUUCCUUCCUUUACAUCAAAAACAAGUGAUGGCAAGUCUUGAUGAAAAAAAGAGAGAGUUACUAUUUUUGAGUGUAAAGGUGUGGAUGAGGGUGAGUGUAAGACAAUGUGGUGACUAUAGUGGUGACUCAGUGUGGUGCUGUGGUCAUGUACAUAAAGUUGUGAUGUCCCUGUGUGCAAAUAUUCAAAGGAGAGAGUGAGAGUUUAUUGUAAGAAUUUGUACAAUGAGGAGGAGGAGGAGGAGGAAGUAGAUCAAUAAUAAUAUGAUUCUUUUAA